UUCGUAGUGGGAAAAUGGGGUUGCCUUUUUGGGGCAAUACCAAGCGGCGUCCUUCCCUUUGUCGAGCAGAAAACACACACACGACUACUGUUGUCAUGUAUCCAUGAAAUGGAGGAACACCUAAUUUCAUUUCAUGUUCUCAAACCCUCGCAGCGACCUCCCGUUAAUGCUCGUCCUGUCUACUGAAUCGGCUUUUCUUCGGAUCCUGACACCAGAACCGGAUUGUGCCGAUUUUGUUGGGUUCUACUCCUGUGUGUACUCUCCAUCGCUUUGGCGUGCCAACAAAUGGUUCUCUCUGGACUCUUUUAGCUGCAUUUGGCAGGCCAGCAUAUAGGAUGCUCUGAUUAGCAUAACUGGAGCUACAUUUGAUAUUGUUCUAAGGUUUCUGUUUUUCCCUUCCCUUUACUGCAUUCUCACCAGCGAGAAGGUUACAUUCAUUUGUAGCUUGUACACAGAUGGUGUUGGUGUCAAAUGGCGGGCUAUCUCAUCAGAAUCAAAAGAGAAACUUAGACAGUGAUUACCAUUCCUCUUCGUUCGACCAUAUGGCAAAAUAUAAAACUAGGAAAGUCUCAGCGGUUCGGGACUUUCCUCCCGGAUGUGGUAGGAAUGUAUCCCAAACAGAUUUGACAUCUGACGAGAGUGUGGCUGCUGAAACUGCUGAAGGUGUGAACACAACUAUGGGAUAUGAUUCAUCACUAAAAUUAGAAAACAAAUCAGAGGAGCCAAUGAAGGAAAGUGAUCAUGAUCAGAUGCUGAAUCAAGAUUUCGCAAAGGAUCUUGAUGAGAUAGUAAAACUACCAAUUGUCGAAGGUGUGUCUGAUGGUACUGUACCUCCUGAAACUGAUUUACUACCAAAAGAAGAUGAUAAUAAUAAAGUGGAGCCAAUGGAGGGUUGGGGUCAGAUGAUACAGAAUAAUGAUUUGAAACUACCAAUUGUUGAAGGUGUUGUUGAAAGUUCUCAUGAUGAGGUGGUCCUUCCUGGUGCUAAGGUUAAGGUCAAGGAAGAGGAACCUUCCGUUUCCGUCUUGACACAGAAAAAGUACUGCUCAAGAAGAGUUUCUGCUGUACGUGACUUCCCUCCAUUUUGUGGAAGGAAUGCUCCUAAUCUAAUUGAUGGGAGUUCUAAUACAGUGAUGAAAGUUCUCACUGAUAAAGCAAUGGCUUCCAUUGAAGAGCCACGGGGGGCUCAUCAUGGUGAUCGGAAGGGUAUUACUGUCCACAACUCUGAGAAGGAAGUUGUCAACAACUGCAUGCUUCCAGAUGAUGAUGACGAUGAUGCUGUUGGACUUCUUCGGGAGAGUGUGACAUUAAGCAGUAGUGACAUUGAAGAGAAGUCAGAAAUGUAUGAUGCUUUUGGUUCUGGUAAUGUAGCUCUUAGGUCUGUGGUUGUGCAAGCUCUUAUGGCUGAGCCAUUAUGUCCAUGGAGUCAAGGGGGGAGUAGGGACUUCACUGGUUUAGAAGGUAUGAAAAGGAAAGUUGAAGGAGAAGACAAGCAGCAACAUAAUGCAACAAGUUCUUCUUCUUCUUAUAGGAAGAGGUACAGUGCUGUUGCUAAAAAAAGUGGUCUUAAGAAGGCAACUCAUUUUUCUAUCGGGGCUAGAGAAGGUGCCGUAACCAAAAUCCCAGUAAACAGUGAAGAUGAUGGUGCUUCUCUCGGUAAAGUGAGAAAGAAACUUAAGAAAUUUAACACUAUCUCAUUAAAGGAUGGCCUUCAACCAGACGUUUGUAAGAAAGCACUUCAUCUCAAGAAGAGAUUAUCAAUUUCUAAUCAGAUUACAGAUGGAGGUGAAUGUGCUUUUUUUGAUGAUGAUGAUGCUGAUCAGGGAGAAGCUUCUACUACUGCUGAUGGACGUAAACUGCCCAAGAUUAAUGUCACCUUGCCACCUAUUGGUCCGAGUCAUUCCAACUAUAGUGAUGCCCGCAGUAAAGUAAAAGAAACUCUCCGUUUGUUUCAGGUUCUCUGUAGAAAGGUCUUACAAGGAGAAGAAUCUAAGCCUAAGCCAGAUGUUAAAAGGAUUGAUAUUGUUGCGUCAAAGAUAAUCAAAGAAAAGGGUAAAGAAGUCAACACAGGCAAGCUUAUAGUAGGAGAAGUUCCUGGGGUGGAAGUUGGGGAUGAAUUCCAGUACAGAGUGGAACUUGCUCUUAUCGGUGUUCAUCGCCUCUAUCAAGCAGGUAUUGAUUCAAUGAAACAUGUCAAAACCGGAAUGCUGAUUGCGGUUAGUAUUGUUGCUUCUGGGGCUUAUGCCGAUGAGAUGGACGACCCUGAUGUGCUGGUUUAUUCUGGACAAGGCGGGAACGUGGUCGGUAAAGUCAAAACACCAGAAGACCAGAAGCUCGAAAGAGGGAAUCUGGCUUUGAGAAACAGCAUAUCUGUGAAGAAUCCGGUUCGGGUGAUCCGUGGGUUCAAGGAGGCCAAGCCAUCGGAAUCUGGUGAUGCAAGAUCAAAGGUGGUCACGACAUAUGUUUAUGACGGCCUAUACACUGUUGCCAACUAUUGGUCAGAAGAAGGGAAGCACGGCAAGAUGGUUUUUAUGUUUGAACUGAGGCGAAUUCCUGGUCAGCCGGAAUUGUUUUGGAAAGAAGUGAAGUCAUCCAAAAAGUCAACAAUACGACGUGGGGUUUGUGUUGACGACAUAACCGGAGGGAAGGAGUUGCUUCCUAUAUGUGCUAUCAACAGAAUUGACAGUGAAAAACCCCCACCAUUCAAGUACAUCCUUACUGUUAAAUAUCCUGAAUGGUUUCGCCCUUCUCCACCCAAAGGCUGUGAUUGUCCGGGGAAAUGUUCUGAUUCCAGAAAGUGCUUGUGUGCCGUCCGGAACGGAGGUGAACUUCCGUACAACCGUAACGGGGCCAUUGUAGAAGUCAAACCUCUUGUCUACGAGUGUGGACCCCACUGUAAAUGCCCACCAUCUUGCUAUAAUAGAGUCAGCCAGAAUGGUAUCAAGAUUCAAUUGGAGAUCUUCAAAACAGAGUCGCGUGGAUGGGGUGUCAGAUCCCUAACCUCCAUUCCUUCUGGAACCUUCAUAUGCGAGUACGCAGGAGAGCUUCUUGAAGACAGGGAAGCUGAACGUAGGGUCGGUAUUGAUGAGUAUCUUUUUGAUAUUGGGCAUAACAACAGUGACUCUUCUAUACAAACAAGUACUAAUAACAACGAGGCUGGUGAAGAUGUGGGGUAUACCAUCGAUGCAGCUGAGUAUGGGAACGUAGGGAGGUUCAUCAAUCACAGCUGUUCUCCUAAUCUCUAUGCCCAAAACGUUCUUUAUGACUAUGAAGACAAAAAGAUGCCGCAUAUUAUGCUCUUUGCUGCGGACAAUAUCCCUCCAUUACGUGAGUUGACAUACCACUAUAAUUACACGGUGGAUCAGGUUCGUGACUCCAGUGGAAACAUCAAGGUGAAAAAGUGCUUUUGUGGCUCUGCAGAGUGUUCUGGUAGGCUGUAUUAAUCAGCCAUUUUAACUUCUCUCCCUUGUUAUCACCAUGUAUGCCCUUUCUGUGUUGCCUUGUUUUCUUUUGUAAAUGCUUUGAAUGAGUUAUUGUGCUCCCUUGUGAGAUCAUGUCCUCACAGUAUUGCAAAAUACUAUGUAUAUGUUAAUUUCUCAGUCUUCAAACGUGGUUGGGAUAACUUUUUUUUUUCGAGUAAAUGUUUUAUAGCAGAAGAAAUUAAUCAUAAUAAUUAAUAAUCAAUAAUGACAAUGAAAUUCAAAUAACACAAACAUGACGAUGAUGAAUGGAUGAUAGAGAAAAUUCCCAAAUUAGUAGUAAAACAAGGCGAAGAUGCAAAAACAGGG